UGAUAAAAGUAGGAUUCCCGAGAAGGUGUUGGCGCCCUGGGAGUUAACAAAGCGUGGUGGCGUCCAAGGAAUACAAAAUAAAAAAGGUUCUCGACAUUGCAGAGAUAGAAGUGAAAAAAAAAUCCAAAGAUGAAGGCAUUUCAGACCAUUUGCAGGCAUCUCAGAAGUGUAAAGGGGUUUUCUGUAGAGCCAGCUCCCCUUGUGAAUUUCUCCACUUCCCUUUAUUCAUGUGGCCGGAAGAAAAAAAACCCUUAUGAAGAAGUGGACCAAACAAAAUACUCUAGUUUAGUAAGGUCUGUUUUGUCAUUCAGAGGCCUUGCCCAGACUCCAGAAUCAUUGUUUGAGGAAGAUUGUUUACUAUAUGGACCCGUGAGUAAACAUAAACUCUCAAAGCAAGAUAAGGGGGCAAGAGUCCCACGAAACUGGUUUCCCAUCUUCAAUCCAGAGAGAAAUGACACUUCUGAUCCAAAUGAUUCUUCAAUGCCUUUGAAAAUCCCUUUGCAAAGGAAUAUGAUACCAAGUGUGACCCGGGUACUUCAGCAGACCAUGACAUCACAACAGGUUUUCUAUUUGGAGAGGUGGAAACAGCGAAUGAUUCUGGAGCUGGGAGAAGAUGGCUUUGCAGAAUACACCUCAAACAUCUUUUUACAAGGGAAACAGUUCCAUGAAGCCUUGGAAAGCAUACUUUCACCCCAGGGGAACAUAAAAGAGAGAGAUGAAGAACUCCUCAAAUGUGGCUACAUCGAAAGCAUCCAACAUAUUCUGAAAGAUGUCAGUGGAGUGCGGGCUCUUGAAAGCGCUGUUCAGCAUGAGACCUUAAAGUAUGUAGGUCUACUGGACUGUGUGGCUGAGUAUCAGGGCAAGUUGUGUGUGAUUGAUUGGAAGACAUCAGAGAAACCAAAGCCUUUUAUCCAAAAUACAUAUGACAACCCUCUACAAGUUGUGGCAUAUGUGGGUGCCAUAAACCAUGAUGCCAACUACAGUUUUCAGGUUCAGUGUGGCCUGAUUGUGGUAGCUUACAAAGAUGGAUCCCCUGCCCACCCACAUUUCAUGGAUGCAGAGCUCUGUUCCCAGUAUUGGACCAAGUGGCUUCUUCGGCUAGAAGAAUAUGCAGAAAAGAAAAAGAACCACCGUAUUCAAAAAACAGAUUAGAGUUGGUUACAGUGGUGUAGACCUGUAAUCCCGUCUGUUUGGGGGGCAGAGGCAGGAGAAUCACAAAUUCAAGGAUAGCUUGGGUAACAGUAAAAUCUUGUUUCCAAAUAAAAAAUAAGGGCUGGGGGUGUAACUCAGUGGUAGAGCACCACUGGGUUCAAUCCCCAGUACUGGAAAAGAAAGAAAACAGGAUAGUAUACCUUUUAGGAAUAUUAAGUACUUUCUCAUUGUUUAGACAGAUUCAUUGCUAUUCACUCCUCUAAAAGAGGAGAUAUGUCUGAAUCUUAAAACCUAUAUGAACACAAGAAGAAAUAUUAAUUGAAAAUAUGUUGUUGGCCUGAACACAAGAAGAAAUAUCAAUUUGUUGAAAAUGUGUUGUUGGGCUGGGGCUCUAUCUUAGUUGGUAGGGUGAUUGCCUAGCACAUGUGAGGCACUGAGUUCAAUCCUCAGCACAUAAAAAUAAAAUAAAGGUAUUGUGUCCAUCUACUAUAAAAAAAUAUUUUAAAAAGAAAGAAAACGUGUUGUUACUAAAAAGCCAGGAAAAUUUAAGAUUUAAAGAGCUAGAUAAUGGCAUGUGAACUAUGCUGCCUCUUAUUAUUUACCUGAAAAGAGGGCAAUUAGGAUUGGUAACCACAUUUGUAGAACUUCUGUGUUUCUGGUACAAUGCCCAGUCUUUGAAUUGAGAUUGGAAGGCAUUGAGGCUUGAUGUGCUAAGCAUUUCCCCAAGGUUCACAGGGAGAGAAGGGGCAUAUCCCCAGGGGUGUAAAGGUUGAGAGAGACCUUUAUACUUGUUCUGUACAAUUCUGUAUUUGUGUGUGUUCUCCCCCCAUCCCCAUACUGCAUAUAUUCCUGUAACCUGUAAUUUCCCCAGCAUGUAUGUAGAAUGAGGAUAUAUAUUAGCCAGUCACCACUGCCAAUGCAAUUUCCUAAAACCUGCUUUUACAUAUUGGGGUUCUCUAUAUAUUUCAUUUAAGGGGAAAAACUUAUAUUGAACACUAACUGCAUACACAUGUGAUUAUUUAACCUGGAGUAAGCAUUGCUAUCUGUAAAGAUGGAGCACACUUACCAUUUCAUUGACAGUAUGGCAUACCACAUAACCCCUAGAAGUAGCCAGACAUGUGGAAAUUGUCACUGUAGGUGUUUAGUAACUGCUUCUAGUGUCAGUCAGCUGAUGCUGUACAUAAAAUUUUUAUUUAGAACUUUGUAGCUAUGGGAACACUAACAAAAUCCAUUAAGUUUUUUCUAUGUUUGAUAAGUAAUAAGUUGUUCUUGGGUUUGAGAAAGUUAAAUAAAUGCCUGUUAUUGCCCUGGGGGAAG